ACGUGCAGCACUAAGUGCGGUGUAUCUGAAUGACGAGCCAAUGAAUAGAGGACGUAUAAAUACACGUGCAUUUGGCGUCAAUACGUGUUACACAAACAAACACACAAGAUGAUCGCCGGGAUUCUCUCAGUCUUCGUUGGGGUUUGUCUUUUAGUGUACGGGACGUCUGGAUUUGAGUGCUGCAUAGCCCAUUAUGGAGAUCCUCUAGUCCAGGACAAUGACGCGAUGUGGUGUGCGGAUUACUGCUGUCACGUGCCCACCAUGUACUACUGUUGUGAUGAUAUACUUCUCCAGGCGGACAGCUCGGACCGAGAGGGUACAUGCGCCGACUACUUUCACCAGCAUAUUUGGGUACCUAUCCUUAUCGCAAUUGCUUGUGCCGCAGCGAUCAUUGCCUGUUGCUGCUGCUGCUAUUGCUGUUGUUGUAGACAGGGCCAAAGAGGCGGUGGCACCGUUUUCAUCCCCAACACCGGAUCUGCUCCGAAUGUGACGGUAGUGAACUCGUCAACAAACAGUAUGCAGAGCUCUACCAACAGUAUGCCGAGCAUGUAUGUGCCACCUCCAACGGACCCCUACCGCGCAGGAUACGAACAGGGCAAACAGUACUGAACCAGCAAUACACUUCACAUGUGAUCUUAUCGACCUGCCACUAACACUCUGUGAUAUCUUAUAUAAUUUAAACACUUUUUAUUUCGAAAAUACAGAUCCAACAUGACUUAGUACGAUUGAAAUGAUUUGACAACAACAUAGUUUGUUUCCGAGAUAUCAGGCGGUAGGGCGAAACGUUUUAUUUUAAAGAGUUUUAUUCAAAAGCAUUUCAAUUGACAUGAAUAUAAAGCUGUGUAUUGAUCAAUUUUUGAAAGAGGGCCAAGCAUCUUGUAUUUAAAAUGAUCACCAAAUCCAAGAUGGCUGCCAUUUUUAAAUCUAGCAAUACAUAAUGUGUGACAAAGUUAUUGUGAAUCAGGGGAUGUUGAAAAGUAACUACUAUAACAUCGAUGGGCUGAUUUUGCUUAUCAUGGGCGCCAGGGCUUUUUUAUGAGUAAGAACGUAAGCAAGUUCCAAACAACGUUGUCAGGUAGGUUUUGUCUUAAACAUUUUAACGGAACCUAAGAUUGUUUUAAGGCUUAUAUAUCCCGUUUAAAUUUGAUAAGAUCGGCUCACGUAUUAAUUAAGAGUUGUGAAAACGGUUAGUAUUGGAUUCCAAUCUACCAGCCACUGUUCAUGAUUGCGUAAAGGAAACCGCAUUUAUGUUGGUUUAUUUUACUGAUGAAAGUGGAUUCUGUCUAGUUCUUUAUUUAACGUGACCAAGUAAGAGGUAAUUGUGGGAACUAAUGUAUUACCUUAAAUGGAACAAAAAGCAGACAGCGAGAUAAUUUUGCAUGGAAUAAUCAAAGUUAGAGAAUGCUGAGUAUUCAAAAUAUUUACCUUUUGCUUCUAGUAAAUAUAUAGAGCAACGGUUUUAUCAAUGUUAAAUGCAGACUAUUUUUAUUUAUUUUAUUUCUUUUUUUCGCAAUUUUAUAAAAUAUACCAAAAUGCGAAAUCAAUAAUUACCUGAUGAUUGAAAGGGUAAUUGUUUCCCUUUAAUCGUAGCGUAAAUUGCUUCGAUGUACAUGUAGAUCAGUUUUGUUGAAUUAAUCAGAUAUGUUUUAAAUCAUACCAUUUUUUUUUACAUGUGCAGAUAUUUUAAAGUGCCAUUUAGUGCAUCAAUUCGUAUGAUUUGAUUAGUAUUAUUAAUAUUCAAUAACAGCUUGUUGAAUGCUUCUCACUUUCCAGUUUGAGCAUUAAAUUGUUAGGAUUAAUAGUCGUGUAUGUGUGUUUAUUUUAGUGUAAUUAUAAUAAAAUCCUCUAUUCUUUC